GUUAAUCAUUCAUACUCUAUAAAGACAUAUAUAGACAGAAACAUGUACGGCGUGGAGUUGAUGCUGCUGCUCAGCAUGGCGACUGUUUGUGCUGGGCGUGGCGGCAGUGUGGCGGAGCGUAAUGCCAGCUAUUGGCUGCAGCAGGCGCAGCAUCAACUUGCAACGCGUCUGGAGCGCAUGCGCGAUGCGGGCGUUGGGGAUAUGCACAUGGCCAAGAAUGUCAUCAUGCUGCUGGGCGAUGGGCUGUCGAUAACAACGCAUACAGCUGCAAGAAUAUUGAAGGGUCAGUAUGGCGGCGCCAGUGGCGAGGAGAGUCAGCUGGCUGUCGAGUCCUUUCCGUAUUCUGGCUUUAGCAAAACUUACUGCACCGACAGCCAGACGGCGGAUUCGGCCUGCGCGGCAACUGCUUGCCUGGCUGGCAUUAAGACCAACUAUGGCAGCAUUGGGCAAUCGGAGCAGGGCACACAUGUCAACUCCAUACUGCAGUGGGCACAGAUGGCAGGCAAGGCUACGGGUGUGGUAACGACUACGCGUCUGACGGACGCCAGUCCAGCGGCUGCCUAUGCGCAUGUCAAGCAGCGUUCCCAGGAGCUGGAUAUUGCGCGUCAGCUUAUAGAGGAGCUGCCGGGACGCCAGCUGGAUGUCAUACUGGGCGGCGGUUUGGGUAAGUUUGCCAGCGAGCGUAAGGAUGGACGUGAUUUGGUGCAGGAAUGGCUGCAAGCCAAUCCGGAUGGCUGUUUUGCACGCUCGCUGGACUCGCUGCAUGCCUGCAGUGAGCGCAAUGGCAGCCUGCUGGGCGUCUUUAGUGACAAUCACAUGGCCUAUCAUCUGGCGGCGCCUGUAGAUCAACCGCGUCUGAAGGAUCUUACAGCCAUGGCCAUUGAGCGUCUGGCGGAGCAGAGCAACUAUGGCUACUUUGUGUUCAUCGAGGGCGGACGCAUAGAUCAUGGACAUCAUGAAACGCGUGCGGGUUACGCCUUGGAUGAGAUGCUGGAAUUCGAUGCUGCCAUUGAGACGGCCAUGCAGCUAACAGAUUCAAGGGAAACGCUCAUUGUGGUCACAGCUGAUCAUUCGCAUACCUUAAGCAUGUCUGGCGAUGCUAUGCGUGGCACGCCCAUUUUAGGACUCGACGAGAGCCAACGUGAUCUAGACGGUGUGCCCUAUAGCACGCUCAACUAUGCGCUGGGCAAAUGGCAGAGCCUUAACAAGGACGGCAAACGCGAGAAUCCAGCGCCGUUUUUAAGCAAGACCUCUUAUACUCCCAGUUACAUACGCGCCAAGGGUGCGCAUUCUGGCGAGGACGUCGCCAUCUUUGCUCAAGGGCCGCAGUCGCAUCUUUUUAGCGGUGUCAUGGAGCAAAAUCUGCUGCCACAUUUGAUGGCUUACGCCGCCUGCUUGGGCCAAGGCGUCACCUUGUGCAAUGAUCCACAUUAGGUUUAGCAAUUAUUUUAAUUUUUCGCACUUAACUACUGUGUAAAUUGUUUGUUUUUGCUGUUAAUUUCAAAAUGAAAGCGUCUAUUGUGAACUGGCAAACUUGUGCUUUACUGUG